CGUGCCCAGACUUUCUGGAAAGGCUGUCGUCGUCGACCUAGAACUCAAUCUGCAGGACAACGUUGACUUGUCUUCACAUCAUUCCGUGAAUAUUUCCUCUCGCAGGGCUUUUCGUAUCGCUCGACCAGCUGGAAUCUAUUCAAACGUCCAAAAAUAGGGGGUAAUUUUGCAACAGGACGCCGCUGCGAUUUGUCUCGGAAUUCGAGUGCAUCAUGGCCACGGAGAGAAACCAGAAGGAUCAGGAACGGGAGAUAAAUUUGUUACUCCGACGGGCUAAGGAGAGUGCUGAGAAGGGUUCUCCGCCCAGGAAGGCAGCCCUGCAGAAACUUAUCGACCUCGCCCAUUCUUCCAGUGCUUAUUUCAAGAUUCUUGCCGCUCAGAACAUCAAAUUUUUCUUCGCCGACUUCCCUGAGCUCGAGGAGGAUGCUAUCAAUGCGGUAUAUGAUAUCUGUGAAGAUCAGUCUAGCAAAGUCAGAACCGAAGGAUAUAUCGCGAUUACGGGACUUUCAGCGGCCGACAAUGACUGGGUGAAACGAAAUACGGACGUGCUAUUGCAGUUGCUUCAGAGUGAGGAGCUGGAAGAAGUAGCUGUAAUCAAGACUGCAUUAAGGGAGCACUUGAUCAUGGCACCUUCCGUUACCCUUGGCGUACUAUUUGAUCAAAUUGUCCCCGCUGACGACAGUAUGGACGAGGAGGAAAUAACCAUACGGGAGCGAUUACGUGGACUCGUGCUCGCUUUUAUGACGAACGAAGCCAAAGAAACUAUCAAUCAAAAUCCCCAGCUCAAUAACCAAUUUGCGGAGGGGCUUACGCUUGCCAUACCGCGAUUGGCCGAUAACGAAGCCGCAUCAUUCAUUCGAGAACACAUACUCCCUUUGUCUAUGUUUAGCUCGCGCUCCCGCCAGGGGGAUCUCCUCCUUCAAGCAAUGAUACGAAAACUUGAAGCAUCAGACCUUAAGCGCUCACCUUUGACCCCGACGACAAGAUCCUACCUCAGUUUAGCCCAUCAUCUUACCGUCGACAAGAAGAUCUCAUCACCUUUGGAUCUGCUGAAAUUUUACUAUGGCACCCUGACUUCAAAAAUCACCCUGAUGAGACUGUCACAAGAUGAUCAAACACUAGUUCUUUGUCAGUUGGCCGAAAUUCUAGCAGCUUGCGAAGAAGAUCUCAAAAACUCCCGACUACCGGAGCGAGAGCAGCUACAAAAACAAGUUUAUGCUGUCAUUGAUGUUUCUCCCAUUUUCUUCGAGCGCCUAGGCGGUUCCAUCGACACAAAAGAGCGAUCAAGGAAGGCCUGCGAGUUGCUGUUGAAUUCAUGUAUACAACGUAAAGCGCAGCAAGCCCCACAAUGGACUGUACCUACAUCAAUCAACUCUGCUGUUCAAGCCUUGGCUGCCAAGACGUCAAACCAGGCUCUUCAAUUGCUCAUUAGGUCUUUAGCACCCACAGUGGCCCCGACCUCCACCGCCACUACCGGACCAUCCAAUGUAACAAAUAUACCCGCAUCAUUGCCGCCGAGACCAGCUGCUAGGGCGUCGGUAGACGUAUCACGCAAAAUGAGGAUAUCCGGUCGAGAUGCCGACCAUAUAAUAAAGGACGCGUCUCCCCAAGCGAAUCCAAGCAAACGCAAUUCCCCUCGUGAAGACCCGCCAAGGUAUCAGAAAAGGGCAAAGAUGGGGAACGGAUCCGGAUUAUCACUACUGAAUCGUUUAGCUGAUUCUGCAUCGCAUCCGUCACAGGGAUCAAUUGAACGAAGACCAAUUUCUGGGCGCACUCCGCAGCAGCGACCACCAGAUAAUAGCAUGGAUAUUGAUACCCCUCCCCAAGGUGGUUACAGCAUUAAAGGUGCUGCCAAGAUGGAAUCAGCGAGCGCCGUGGGGACAGAUCGACAACCGCCACGACCCCCGCCCUCACUCAUUGAUCGUCUAGAGUCCGAAAGAAACCACAUAUCUGGAAUGGGAGAUGCGUUCGGGAGUCGCGGCAAACAGAAGCGUUGAUAGUAUGCUUUUUGUAUGCCUAUGUGGGAAGGGAGAUUGCUGCGGAUCGAUAUUUCGUUCGUAAACGAAACGGUGGAAGGCGAUAUUUGCCUCAUGUUUGUCCCUUUUUGAUGAUGAUAUCGAACAAUGUGACAGCGGAAGGAGAUAAAUUGAAGGUCCUCGAUCAUGUAUAGAAUCCGCACUGACCGAGGACAGCAGUGCAUGU